GUGAAACUCAAAUCAAGGUACUCAAACAAUGUCUUCUCUUAUAUCUUUCAACUUCCUUUUCCUUUUCUCAUUCCUCACUAGCUCCUUCACAGCUUCUGCUCAAGAUCCUUUUUACUUAAAUCAUUAUUGUCCAAAUACGACAACUUACUCAAGUAACAGCACUUACUCCACCAAUCUCAGAACCCUUUUGUCCUCUCUAUCUUCACGUAACGCCUCUUACUCCACCGGAUUCCAAAACGCCACUGCAGGAAAAGCCCCCGACAGAGUCACCGGACUUUUCCUUUGCCGCGGAGACGUCUCACCGGAAGUUUGCCGUAACUGCGUAGCCUUUUCUGUCAAUCAAACCUUAAAUCUUUGUCCCAAGGUAAGAGAAGCCGUGUUUUACUACGAGCAAUGUAUACUCAGAUAUUCUCACAAGAAUAUUCUAUCGACGGCCAUUACAAACGAAGGAGAAUUUAUCUUGAGUAACACCAACACUAUUUCUCCUAAUCAAAAACAAAUAGACGGGUUCACAAGUUUUGUUUCCUCCACGAUGAGUGAAGCUGCCGGUAAAGCAGCCAACAGUUCUAGAAAAUUAUAUACGGUGAAUACCGAAUUGACCGCAUACCAGAAUUUGUACGGGCUGCUUCAGUGCACUCCUGAUCUUACAAGAGCAGACUGCUUGAGUUGUUUGCAAAGUUCCAUCAAUGGAAUGGCUCUUUCCAGAAUAGGAGCAAGACUUUACUGGCCGAGUUGUACUGCAAGGUACGAGCUUUACCCGUUCUACAAUGAAAGCGCCAUUGAAACACCACCACUACCACCACCACCACCACCACCACCACCGAGGGAGUCGUUGGUGUCUACUCCUCCGAUAUCAUCUUCUUCAUUACCUGGGAAAAGUGGGAACUCAACAGUGUUAGUGGUAGCCGUUGUUGUGCUGGCUGUUCUGCUUUUCAUAGCUUUAGUUGGUUAUUGUUUCCUUGCAAAAAAGAAAAAGAAGACUUUUGACACAGCAUCUGCAUCGGAGGUAGGAGAUGAUAUGGCAACCGCAGACUCACUACAGCUCGACUAUAGAACAAUCCAAACUGCAACAAAUGAUUUUGCAGAGAGUAAUAAGAUUGGUCGAGGUGGUUUUGGUGAGGUUUACAAGGGUACAUUUUCAAAUGGGAAAGAAGUUGCGGUGAAGAGAUUGUCGAAAAAUUCAAGACAAGGCGAAGCGGAGUUCAAGACCGAGGUUGUUGUAGUUGCCAAGCUUCAACACAGAAAUUUGGUUAGGCUUCUUGGAUUUUCAUUACAAGGAGAGGAAAGAAUUUUGGUCUACGAGUAUAUGCCUAACAAAAGCCUUGAUUGCUUACUAUUUGACCCUACAAAGCAAAUUCAGCUGGACUGGAUGCAGCGAUACAAUAUCAUUGGAGGAAUUGCUCGGGGGAUUCUAUAUCUUCAUCAAGAUUCACGGCUCACAAUCAUACACCGUGACCUUAAAGCAAGUAACAUUCUCCUAGAUGCGGAUAUAAAUCCGAAAAUUGCAGAUUUUGGAAUGGCUAGGAUCUUUGGAUUGGACCAAACCCAAGAUAACACAAGCAGAAUAGUUGGUACCUACGGUUACAUGGCUCCUGAAUAUGCGAUGCAUGGCCAAUUCUCAAUGAAAUCUGAUGUCUAUAGCUUCGGAGUGUUAGUUCUUGAGAUUAUAAGUGGUAGGAAGAAUAGCAGCUUCGGCGAGUCAGACGGUGCACAAGACUUGCUCACACAUGCUUGGAGGCUUUGGACUAACAAAAAAGCAUUAGACCUCGUGGAUCCACUUAUAGCAGAGAAUUGCCAGAAUAGUGAAGUGGUUCGAUGCAUCCAUAUCGGUCUUUUAUGUGUUCAAGAAGAUCCUGCAAAGCGUCCGGCAAUAUCAACCGUUUUCAUGAUGCUCACUAGUAAUACUGUGACCUUACCAGUGCCUCGGCAACCAGGGUUUUUCAUUCAAUGUAGAGCCGUAAAGGACCCGCUUGAUUCAGAUCAGUCUACCACGACCAAGUCUUUUCCAGCGUCUAUUGAUGAUGAAUCGAUCACAGAUUUAUAUCCGCGCUAAAUAUGACCUUAAACUUCAUGCUUGUAAUCAAGCUUACGCAAAUGUUUACAUAUUUGUAGAAUUGUGGAUGUGAUCAACCCUAAUAAUUUUUUAGUUUUGAUUUGGUUUGUUAAAACCAUAUGUAUUUUGUUUUGAUUUUUUAAUAAUGAAUAAUUAGUCUAGUCUCAACAUCACCACCGAUUGAAAAAAAUGAGAGAGGGAGAGAACACUUGGAAUGUUGGCAUUACAGUUUGGUUCAUUUUAAAAAUUUGGGCAAUCCAAAAGCUAUAACUUUGGAGUUCAUUUCAGCGUCUAAGAGCCAAGAGGAUAUAUACCUGCUUUGAAGUCACAAUGUAUGGUUAUGAUCUUGAAUCAUUCUAGAAUCGCUUUAGCAAUACCUCCAAUGAUCUUGUACCAUUUGAUUUGGAAACAGAGACUAAACAGAGUACAGUGGGAAGGUGAUUUACAUGAUUUGUAAUGUGGUGAAGUAAAUGAAAUGUGAACUAUCUAUCACGUCAAAAGUUUUUUUUUUUUUUUUCUUGUUGUAA